AUGGAAGAAGAGCAAUUCCCCUGGCUGUGUGGCUCCAGGUACCUUAAGCUACCUGAAAUGAUGGGCUUGAAUGAGAACCCACAUCCUGCUAAGGACAUGGAUUCCUUGAUUACCACGUACUCUUGCCUAGCAUGGCAUAUGGAUUUUGAGACCGAGCAUGAGGACUUCGGGGCAGAAGCAGGACGCAAUAAUAUGCUGACGGGCACGUAUGCUUGUCCGUGGCCCGGUACUAGCAGUGCUCCAUCUGCCUUCAGCCGACACGACGAUGAUGCAAGAUGGCAACAUCAUAAGAACCUGUUGGGACAGAAUCAAUGGACUCUUCCUUUGUGCAGUCCCUCAUCAGGAAUGGACGGCCAGACACUGGAACGCUCUCGGUGGACAUCGAGUCUUUCCGAUGACACCCUGCCUCUCCCUCUGGAGCGAUUUCUUAGGGAGACCGAACGCCAUCGGGACAGUCAUGACUCUCUAAUGGAGUAUCAGAAAAGCUCGACAACAUGGCAGUGUCAAGGUUGCGGCUGGGACUCAGGUUCUUUCCAACGGAAAGAUGAGCUGCUCGUGCUAGUCGGUGACUAUCACGACCCAUCUGCAAGUUGCGGUCACAAGUUCUGCCACGAAUGUCCUCUGGCGAAUUCCUCAACUCGAAGAAUGGGUUGA